AUGCCAUACGACCCGACAUCGCAGUCGAAUCUCGACGAGAUUAGGACCAACCAUAUUCACCUUGCGCUCACAGUCGACUUUGCUGCCAAGGCGCUGACAGGUUCUGUGGAGCUCGAGCUUGAGGCCAUUACUAGUAAUGUCUCCAAGGUGGUGCUUGACACAAGCUACAUUGACGUUCGCUCGGUCUCGACGCAGGGCCAUGUACUCAAGUUCAACUUGGAGAAGCGCCACGAAAAGUACGGUUCUGCGCUUUCAAUUGAGCUCGCCAAGCCCCUCGCAAAGAACGAAUCGACAAAGGUCACGAUUGAGUAUGCCACCACUCAGGAAUGCACGGCUUGUCAAUGGCUGGAGCCCAGCCAAACAGUCGGCAAAAAGCACCCUUACCUCUUCACACAAUGCCAGGCCAUCCACGCUCGUUCUCUUCUGCCGUGUCAGGAUAGUCCGUCGAUGAAGUUGACAUACACUGCAGAUAUUACGGCACCGCUUCGAGCAGUCAUGUCGGCGGUUCCUAAGGGAGAAGACAAGCAUAAGAACGGAACGACGACAUUCAAAUUUGAGCAGUGUCAACGUGUGCCAUCGUAUUUGAUUGCGCUGGCCGUGGGAAAUUUGGAGAGUCGCGAGAUUGGACCACGGUCAACGGUGUGGACGGAGCCUGAGGUGAUGGAAGCAGCGGCGUGGGAAUUUGUUGAUACCGAAAACUUUAUUCGUACAGGAGAGGAGUUGUUGACACCGUAUGAUUGGGGUCGUUACGAUCUGCUGGUCUUGCCGGCCUCGUUUCCGUAUGGCGGUAUGGAGAAUCCAUGCCUAACGUUUGUGACUCCUUCGCUUCUGGCUGGAGACAGAUCCCUUGUGGAUGUGGUGGCACAUGAGAUAGCGCACAGCUGGAUGGGUAACUUGGUCACGACUGAGAACUGGGAACACUUUUGGUUAAACGAAGGGUUCACUGUGUUCGUGGAACGUAAGAUCCUGGGUCGCAUGAAGGGCAAGGAACAUAGCGAAUUCAGUGCCAUUCUUGGAUACAAGGCGCUUCAGGAGAGUGUUGACUUGUACGGCAAAGAGCAUCCCUUUACCGCUCUCCGCCCCUGCCUACGUGGCGAGGACCCAGAUGAUGCCUUCUCGCGCGUUCCCUAUGAGAAGGGAUUCAAUCUGUUAUACUAUCUGGAGAAGCAUUUGGGAGGUCCAGAGGUCUUUGAGCCUUAUCUGAGAGCUCAUGUUCAGGAGUUUGCAGGCCGGUCCAUCAACACUGAUGACUGGAAGGCGUUCUUAUAUUCGUUUAUGGAGAAAACCUUUGGACAGGAGAAAGUCGAUCUCCUGAAUAAGGUUGACUGGGAUACUUGGCUCGUUGGCACAGGCAUGCCACCAUUCGAUAACAGGUUUGAUGACACACUGGCGAAGGCAUGCACUUGUCUCUGCAAAAAGUGGGAUAGCUCGCGUCAUGAUACCCAUCCCUCUGGAUUCGCGCCUGAGGACAUUGCUAAGUUUUCUUCGACCCAAACGGUCGUAUUCCUGGAGAAGAUGUCUGAACUCGAACCUUUGCCCCAUAAACAUCUGGAUGAGAUGGACCGCCUGUAUCGAUUGACGACGGUCCGCAAUUCGGAGAUCCGGUUGCGCUGGCAUCUGUUGUGUCUCAAAGCGGACUAUGAAAAGAUCUAUCCUGAAGUAACCGCCUUUGCAUCGUCUAUGGGUCGAAUGAAAAUGGCGAGGCCUCUUCUCAGAUCAUUAUACAAGGCCAAGAAUGGCGCCGAUCUAGCGAGGGAGACGUUCCUAACUCACAAAUCCUUUUACCAUCCUAUUGCGGCUGCCAUGAUCGCAAAAGAUCUCGGUCUCGCCAAGUAG